CUGUAUGGUGAUGGGGUUAGAGAAUGUGUUUGAUCCUGAUCCAACUUAUGAACUCACCAUUGAUAACAUGAAGAAAAUACUGGCCAUUCACAUGAGAUUCAGAUGUGGUAUACCUGUGGUGAUUAUGGGAGAGACUGGUUGUGGUAAGACUCGUUUGAUUCGAUACAUGUGUGCACUGCAAGCAGGAUCAGCAAAACAGCGUAACAUGUUGCUAAUGAAGGUUCACGGUGGUACAUCUUACAAGGAUAUUGAAGCAAAAGUUGAAAAAGCUGAAAAAAUGGCUUCAGAGAAUGGAAAGAAGGGCAUUGAUACAGUACUGUUCUUUGAUGAAGCCAACACAACAGAAGCACUAGGCAUGAUCAAAGAAGUGAUGGUUGAUCGCAGAAUUAAUGGUCGGCCUGUGGGGGUUGAGAUACAAAGAUUGCACUUUAUAGCUGCGUGCAAUCCCUAUCGUAGACACACUGAUAAAAUGAUUGAAAAAUUAGAAUCUGCUGGUUUGGGAUACAGUGUGAAAGCUACUGAAACGAGAGACAAACUUGGAAAAAUCCCACUCCGUCACCUGGUUUACCGAGUCCAUGCCCUUCCAGCAAGUAUGAGGCCUCUAGUGUGGGACUUUGGUCAGCUAAAACCUGAAAUAGAAGAGCUCUACAUCCGUCAGAUAGUAAACCGAUUCAUCGUUGAUAAAGUUAUCCCUGGUAACGAACGUCUUGUACAGGCAAUUGCCUUAGUUCUUGUAGCUGCGCAAAAUUACAUGAGGAAACAGCAGGAUGAAUGCAGUUUUGUUAGUCUUCGAGACGUAGAAAGAGCAAUGACAGUGAUGAGGUGGUUUUAUCAACACCACAAUUACCUUCGACCCCAAGCCCAUAAUCAUGAUGGCGACGACGACGAGCAAAUUGAUUCGCCAGACAGUGAUGAGGAAGUAGAGCCUGUGGAUAUGGUCACGUGGUCUCUGUUGUUGAGUCUCGGUGUUUGCUACCAUGCAAAGCUACAAGACCGAAAGACUUUUCGUGAUUGUAUAAUAAAUUCAUUUUCUGCUCCUCUUCAAUCCAAUGGCGGACAAGAACAAAUGUUUAAUGAAAUUGAAAGGUGUCAGAAGGUUUUGAUCAAUCAACUGAGCCUUGGACCCAACAUCGCCCGUAACAAUGCUCUCAAAGAGAAUGUAUUUAUGAUGGUCGUCUGCAUUGAGCUUCGCAUUCCACUCUUUGUCAUUGGAAAACCUGGUAGCUCAAAGUCCCUUGCCAAGACUGUGGUGGCUGACAAUAUGCAGGGAGAAGCUUCAAAGUCUCUUCUGUUUAAAAGGUUUAAACGGGCUCAUAUGGUAUCGUACCAGUGCAGUCCCCUCUCUACCCCUGAGGGGAUUGUAGCAACCUUUAGACAGUGCAGGAGACUUCAAGAAAACAAUCCUGGAGAUCGCUAUGCAUCAGUAGUGGUACUAGAUGAGGUCGGUCUUGCUGAAGACUCGCCAUUAUUGCCACUUAAAACCUUACACGCGUUAUUAGAAGAUGGAGGAUCCGAUGAGAUCAUCGAAACAGACGAUAAACACAGGCAAGUUGCUUUUAUAGGGAUUUCAAACUGGGCUCUAGACCCCGCCAAGAUGAACCGAGGGUUGAUGUUGAUGCGUGCUGAACCAGACAAGAAAGAGCUAGAGGAAAGUGCACGGGGAAUUUGCUCCGCAAAAAAAGAUAUAAGAAUCAUGCUGUCUACGCUACUUAAACAGCUUGCUGAUGCCUAUGCUGAUCUGUAUCAAAACCAGAAAAAAUUUCAGUCACUCAGCAACUCAAAGAGGGACGAGUUUUUUGGGCUGCGGGAUUUUUAUUGUCUUGUCAAGAUGGUGUAUAGCAUUGCAGCUAAAAAGGGUGAUAUGUUGGACUGGCCAGAACUGGAACAUGCAAUAAGAAGAAAUUUUGGUGGAUUAGAUGAAAUCGAUGCUGUGAAAAUAUUCAGAGAGCAUGUCAAGAGCAGCUUCCGCUAUGUAUCGGAUGGAAACCCUUUAAAAACACUGGACUUAUUACAAGCCAGUCUUGAUCGCAAAAACACCAUUGGAGAAAGUCGAUAUCUAUUAGUAAUUACAGAGAACUACUCAGCUCUGACAAUAGUCGAACAGCAGCUCAUCAAGAAUAAAGAUGAUUACGUGGUGAUAUUUGGAAGCAGUUUCCCUAAAGACCAAGAAUAUACACAAGUCUGUCGAAACAUCAAUCAGAUUAAGAUUUGUAUGGAAACUGGACGUACAGUUGUAUUGCUAAACCUAGAAAGAUUGUAUGAGAGCCUCUACGAUGCUCUUAACCAGUACUAUGUGUAUUGCGCAGGUCAAAAGUAUGUUGACCUUGGACUUGGUAGUCAUCGUGUGAAAUGUCGAGUUGAUGAAACUUUUAGAUUGAUUGUUAUUGCUGAGAAGGAUGUAGUGUACAAGAAAUUUCCAAUUCCUCUGAUCAACCGCCUUGAAAAGCAUUAUCUCGUCACAUCCAAGAGCCUAGAACGAUCUCAGUUACAUCUUGUCGAGGAACUGAGAAACUGGGCUCAAGAGUUUGUUGAAGUCCGUCGUCUUCGCCACGAACGUCAAGAACAAUUUACAAUCGCAGAUGCCUUUAUUGGUUAUCAAAGUGAUACACUGCCAUCAAUGGUCCUCCAGGUCAGCAGUGAAGAUAAUAUCUAUGAUCAUAAUAAUCAUGACGAGUGGGCCGAACAGGUGAAAGCAAGGUGCCAGUAUUUGUUAGUUCAGACUGCCACUCCUGACUCCAUUGCACGACUUCCAAAGACAGCAUUAAAGGCAAAAAUUACAAAUUUGUACUUUGUGGAGCAGGAGCAUUCAAGUCUAUCAGCAUAUCUUGGCAAAGUAUUGUCAUCAUCCUCUGAUGUCGACAACCAAAAUGGCUUACUUUUACAAGUAUCAACUCAUUCACGACUUCUGUCUGAGAAUGACUUGCCUGAGAUUUGUGACGCUAUUGGUUUUAAGCGUCCCGAUGUAAAGCUGUUGCAUUUGCAACAGUUUCAGACAGAACAGCAGUUCUUGAAACAAGUCAGGGAAUUCUUUAUCGAGCUUGCAAACCACGAAGGUAUACUGCUUGUGCAAUGUGAUUCUGGUGAUGACAAUUUCAACCUCAUAGCUUGCACCCGGCACUUGCUAAUGGGUCAUCGGGUCAAGCGACAGGAAAUGUUAACUGAGAAACUUCAGGUCGAGCAUAUCCGUCCUCUGCAUUUCAUCAUCAUUGUACAAUUACCGCGUCUUAAAGGAGGAUGUGUGAACUUCGUAGGAUUCCAAGGAGGCCACUGGGAAUCUGUACAUGUGGAUGACUUACGUCCACCAUCCAAUCAAAUUCCUCCAAUUGAAUUCCUGAUAGACCGUCCAAUCAGUGACCUUCUUAAACCAAACUGGAUAGAAAAGGACCAAGACCUCUCAGUUAAAGGCAGUAUUGUGGACAUAAGAGGUACUAAUGAAAAUACUGAAAUGGAGAUUGACGAUAAAGAUGAGUUAUUAACGAGUGAUCCUGUGAAACUGCAGACGGCACAGAAAUCCAGUAAACAAACCUUUGAUGUAAUUGACCUUGUCCGUCUAAGUGUUCAGUCUGCAGCAGGGAGACUUGAGGAUGAAGCAGUCCUCGCUAAAAGAACUACAGAUCGAAUUGAUUUGAUUUUGAAUCUUCUUACAGAAAGUUCUAGCAAGAUAACAGGUGGACCUUCUUUUGCAAAAUCCCUCCAUCAAAAACUUUUUGAACUUUUGAAAGAGAAAAAAGAAAAAUGUUCUGGUGCGCUAGCCAGCUAUUGGGUCCGAAAAGAGGCAUUAUCUGGAACAAGAAUGCAUGAAAGGGGAACUUUCAGAAAAGCGCUCCAAUACAAGGUGUUGUCAGAGAUUGAACCACUUCUUGCAAAAGUUUUGGCGUUUGCUGACAGGGACUGUAAUCUGAAUCUGCUGGUUGACGAGAAUCAGUGGUUGAAGAGUCUCUGGGUUCACAUCUUUGAGAACAAGCACUUAAAUGAGAAAUACUUUGACGUCUCUACCAGCACAAUACGUGAGCAUGUCAAUGUAUCAGGUCGAGGAAAACAUGUCUUUAAGUGCUGUUUUCCAUUCUCUUGGUUGGUUAAGGACAUGGUGGAUGGUCUUGGGCGCGGUGGAUCUGAUGUUUCAAACCGCUCUUGUGGAACAGAGGAAGAAAAACUGCGAGGUAUCCUGGAGAAUUCAGAACUCAAGGAUAUCCUUGACCUUGUGAAGGAAGAAGGAAAAGAAGAAGAGGCAGCAGAGCGUUAUUUACACGACUUUGUACACAUGGUUUACUUUCCUACAAAGCAGUGCGAACGGGAAGAGAUUGAACUUGUCAGUCGAUUUAUCAUGAUGGCGGCAGAGAAGGAAAAUGACAGUGAGAAAUAUAUUUUCGACAUUGCAACCAUCCAUGUCACCUUCAAUAGAAUCAAGUCAAGAAUUAGUAACUUCAACCAAAUGGUCCAGAUAGAACCAGACAUUACAAGACUGUUGCUUAAUCAAAGACCAAUGUCGAUAGAUGUUGCAGCUCUGAUAUGCUCUCUGGAAAAGCUGGAACCAAGACUUUCUGAAUUGCAAAGUCAAGAGGGCAGGGAUGGAUGGUGCGGUAAGGUACUAGCUAUAAGGAGCAGUAUUGAAGAAGUGACGUCAAAAGAGGCGUUUUCCAGGAUAAGUGAUGAUAUGAGUGGAUACGAUGAAAAAGAAAAGGAUCUUCUCAGACAAUGCUGGACAAUGUGGCAGCGUCUUAGUGCCAUCAGGCUCUUCAUUACACAUGUUUGUAACACUCGAAAAUCGGAGAACUCUCGCUACCUGGCGAAACUGUGCAAGGUACUUGGUCAAGAUACUAAUUUCUUGACAACAAGAAGUGUUCAUUCAUUAGAGAAGUUUCUGGUGGAAUGUAGCCGAGAUUUCAAGCAACAGAAUGGAAAGGGCGCAAUUGAUACCAUCAGCAAUUUCCGAGAUCAGUGUAAUUCGUACUUCAUGGAAGUGGUGUCAUUGUUUUGUUUUGGGUACUCRCCUUGUGGUGWWCUGGGAGAAGAUACGUACAAUCUCUUGAUGAGCUAUGUUACUGGACAACAAGGGGACAGAACCAAACGUUUCUCUCCCUUCAGGGAUGCAAUGGAUGUAACUCCAGUUGUUAGAUCAUUCCUUUUGCAGCAGCUUCUCAAGUCAAGUGACCAGAAAGUUAAAGAGUACAUGACACAAUUUAUUCAGCGAGCACAAGACUUGGUGCAAGUGGAGUUGGUUGCUGUAGAAGUCCUUGUUAUGUGUGUUCAGUGUAUGGAGGAUGCUCUGAGCAGCAAGCUUUCUAAAAGAGCAAGUGAACUUCCACUGGAACAGAAUGCUUCUCUGAUAGAUAGGUAUUGCAAGAAGGCUUGCUCAAUUUUAUCGAAUCCACAAAGUACCAAACUAAAUGUUGAUUGGCUGGAAGGGGUUGCUCUCAUACGUCUUUCCCUGUCGCUUACCGCUGGCCUUAUGUACCAGUUUGUCAAUGAGAGUCAGGAAAUGCAGGUUCCAACUGUACAACGUGCCUUGCAAAGCAUUUUUAAUGAAUUGCAGAAGGUCUUCUGUAAUGCUACAUAUACAAGGCCUAGAUUAUUCUUCCUUAAGCAGUUAUCCAGGAGAUAUGGGUUCGAGUCUAUUGGUCUUGUCGCUAAAAAGUUUGGUUGGAUCUUGCCUCAGGAAGGCUCGGAGACUUUCGAGGUCAGCCAAGACAGAUUUCUUGCUUAUGGACGCGAAUAUCAAUCUCUGCGAGAAACAUUAGCAAGAUCGAUUAUAACAGGAGAUAUGAAGGAUGUUGAAGACAUCCAGCAGGGCAUGACACUUAAUAUGACAUCAAAGAACGUGGUUUUGCUGUUGGGUCUAUUCCAAGAAAUCACUGCAAAUCCAGGUGUGCCCAUACCGGACGUGGUGAAGAAAAAUUUGAGUUCUUUUAUUCAGGAAUCAACAUCGUUAAAUGAUUGGUCCAAACAUCUAGCCCAAGACUUGAUUACCGAGGAACACCAAGACACUCGUACCAUCGCUAGUGUUUUCGGUCUGGCUGGUCACAGUGCCUGGGACACAAGUUUGGUAGAGAUAGUUGUUCACCUUGCUUCUGUUUUGUGCUCAAAAGGAAAUGAUGGAAUUGUUGGUCCACUAAUCUCUUUGGCACUUAACCCUGCAUCUUGCAUUAAUUCAUUCCUGCCCACAAUGCCUGAUGACCCCAACCAAGAAGUUCGUGCGGCUGUAAAAGGCACCAUGUAUGAAUGCGUGAAUGGACAUCCGUACCUUGUUACCGAAUGUGGCCGUCCAACGGAAAAGAGUAGAUGUCGUGCACGUGGUUGUGGAGCUGAAAUAGGAGGAGUCAAUCACGUUCCUGUUUCUGGAAAUAGAGCGGCAAACACGAUCCAUUUGAACAUCUUCCUGAUGACUACAAGGAAUCAGUUUCGGAGGCAAUGCAGAUUUCAGUCCGUGAGACUCUUAGGAAACUAAGUGACGCCAACCUUGACGUAUUGGUCUCACUUUUGAUAGAAAUCAUUAUACUUCAGUUGAACGACGAUUUUGAGAUCGAUAUGAAUUACAGCCUGAAGGAGUAUAUCACAUACAAUCCUCUUCAUGAAGACAGUGAAAUGCCGACUGAAGUUGACAGUAUACCGGAAACAGUUAAGYUUCGACAUGUCUUUGGAUUUUGGCAGAUUUUAAUUAGUCUUAGCGACAGAAGUAGCCAUGAAAGAAGAGUCCAACCAACAUGCUAGACCUAUUAAAAAACAAUACCUGUUACGCUAUUUUUGUAUUCAAUUGAUUUUAUUGACAUUUAGUCCGAAAACUAAAAUCUUAGUCAGAAUUUGAAAAUUAGGUAACAGUUAAUUUUCAUUUUUUUUCUUUUUGAAAUAUCGCUUUACGAAGAGMAUCCAUUUCAUGUUUUGGUUUUCAUCAUCUUGAUCUUUCAAAUGGACUGUAUAAUGUAUAGUAUGACAUUAGCAAUCGGGAAUAUAUGAUUUGAAAGUAGUUUUAAACCAAGAAACUUAAUACUUUUUUAAAUACACACACAAAAAAAAUUAAAAGCACUAUUAAUGCCGACAAUAGUUGGCAAAAUUUCACUUCUGAAAAAUAGUUUUUUUUUGCGUUAUAGUUAAGUAUAGAGUAUAGCAAUAUGUACAAUUAUGAAAAAAAGUAUUUCAAAUAAAAUAGGUUAUAUUUAGGUGUUUAUAUCACUGGUAUAUUUAUAGAUUACAUAGUAUAGACAAUAGUACAGUUAUUCUCACCAGUCCUGACCGAACUUUGUGGUCAAAGGUAAUUUUUCCAUGUUUUCAAUUAGUGAUUUCAGCUAUUAAAUAUUAUUUACACACUGUUAUUAGAUGUCAGUUGUUCAUAUCCAUCUCAAAAUGAGAAUGUACUGCCACAAAGCAAACAAUAAAAAAGAUGUGAACUUGUUACUUUUGCCAAA